GCCAGGUUAGAGCUCAGACAAGGCUCUGUCCAGCCAGCUCAACUCAACUUAUCCACCACAACUCUUCAGAGGGAUGUCUUUCCUAUAAGUUUACCAAACUGAGGCACUGACCCAAGUUCUACAACUUUAAAUUCUAUUAAUUACUCUUUGCUUACCUUUAAGCAGCCUUUAAAGUCUCUUGUUUGAGGAUAAGUAGUGCGCGACACUUUUAGAGAAGACGGGCGCGAAUUGAAACAUCCAAUUUUGGAUUAUAGUUUCUGUUUCUCGUCUUUAAAUUGAGAAAACCCGACUCGUGAUGGUUGUCCUGUCACUUAGGUUACUAAUGGUAGGAGUUAUAGUAAGUGUGACUUCAGCUCAUCUGGCUGGUGAAAGUGUAGAUAAAGAAGAUUCGUUGAAGAGCCGUCUGAAAGAAUAUGGCCUCAUUACUCCCAUCAGUACCGACGCAGAGGGACACUACCUCUCGCAUCUUCUUUCGGCCAGUCACAAGCAGCGUGUGAAGCGGGAGGUUUUGGAAGGGUCAACGCAAGCGGUAGACAGACUGUUCUUUAACAUCACUGUCUUUGGCAAGGAUUUCCACCUCCGACUACAUCCCAACCAAAGAUUAGUGGCUCCAGGAGCCAUGGUGGAAUGGCACGAUGAGAUAGAAAUAGCUGGGAAUGAGACUAAAAAUGGAACCCACUCAGAGAGAAUCCUCAGAAGGGAGUUGCUGAAAACAGACUGCACUUUUAUAGGGGACAUCACGGAUGUGCCUGGAACCUCUGUCGCCAUUAACAACUGUGACGGGCUGGCUGGUAUGAUUCGAACUGAUUCCGAUGAGUACUUCAUUGAGCCUCUGGAGCGAGGAACACAGGAACACGAGGACAGGGGAAGAGUGCAUGUGGUGUACCGAAGGUCUGCAGUAUUGAAAGCGCCUUCAGACAUCUCCUUGGAUUACCAGCCGAUUGAGCCUGAAUUGGAUGCGCCAAGGGUGCUGGAUAGUAUUGCUAAACAAGUCAACCGGACAGUCAGGAGACGGAGACACACUGGUGAUGAUGACUACAACAUUGAGGUGCUGCUUGGAGUAGAUGAUACUGUUGUCCGUUUCCAUGGGAAAGAGCAUGUGCAGAACUAUCUCCUCACCCUAAUGAACAUUGUGAAUGAGAUCUACCAUGAUGAAUCAUUGGGAGUGCACAUUAAUGUUGUGCUUGUGAGGAUGAUCAUGCUUGGAUAUGCUAAGUCCAUCAGUCUCAUUGAGGGUGGCAACCCUUCGCGAAGCCUGGAAAACGUGUGCCGCUGGGCAGUCAUCCAACAGAAAGAGGAUCCAGAGCACUCCGAGCAUCACGACCACGCCAUCUUCUUGACCCGGCAAGGCUUCGGCCCCACCGGCAUGCAAGGAUAUGCCCCUGUCACCGGGAUGUGCCACCCUGUCCGCAGCUGCACCCUCAAUCAUGAAGACGGCUUCUCUUCUGCCUUUGUUGUAGCCCAUGAGACAGGACAUGUGAUGGGAAUGGAGCAUGACGGUCAGGGCAACCGCUGCGGUGACGAAACAGCCAUGGGAAGUGUCAUGGCCCCUCUGGUGCAAGCAGCCUUCCACCGCUACCACUGGUCGAUGUGCAGUGGGCAAGAGCUGAAGAGAUACAUUAAUUCAUAUGACUGCCUGCUGGACGAUCCCUUCAAACAUGACUGGCCGCUGCUCCCUGAACUACCUGGCAUUAAUUACUCCAUGGAUGAGCAGUGUCGCUUUGAUUUUGGAGUUGGAUACAAAAUCUGUACUUCAUUUCGAACAUUUGAUCCAUGCAAGCAGCUGUGGUGCAGUCAUCCAGAUAACCCUUACUUCUGCAAGACCAAAAAAGGGCCUCCACUGGACGGGACUGAAUGUGCACCUGGGAAGUGGUGCUACAAAGGUCACUGCAUGUGGAAGAAUGCCAACCAAGUGAAGCAAGAUGGAGCCUGGAGUGCCUGGAGCAAGUAUGGCUCCUGCUCUCGCUCCUGUGGGACGGGUGUCCGCUUGAGAACCCGCCAGUGCAACAACCCUGCUCCAUCUAAUGGAGGUCAGGACUGUCCAGGGGUGAACUAUGAGUACCAGCUGUGUAACAUAGAUGAUUGCCCUAAACACUUUGAGGACUUCAGAGCUCAGCAAUGCCAACUUCGCAACUCCCACUUUGAAUACCAAAAUGCCAAACACCACUGGCUUCCCUACGAACACCCAGACGCCAACAAAAGAUGUCACCUUUAUUGCCAGUCAAAAGAAACAGUUGAAGUGGCUUACAUGAAGCAGCUGGUGCAUGAUGGGACAAGGUGCUCUUACAAAGACCCAUAUAGCAUCUGUGUGCGUGGAGAGUGUGUGAAAGUGGGCUGUGACAGGGAAAUUGGCUCCAAUAAGGUGGAGGAUAAGUGUGGUGUGUGUGGGGGUGACAACUCCCACUGCCGAACUGUAAAAGGAACCUUCACCCGUGUGCCUAAGAAAGCCGGAAAAAAGUUAAGCAAGAGAUCCCAAAAAGAAAUGUUGGAAAACACAACCUGCAAGUAUCUU